CUCAUCGAUCAGUACACGUCGGACCGUGGCACGGUUGAGUCGCAUCUUCUGUUCGUCGCGUGAAUUAUUCAAAAUCGACGUUCCGCGAUUGUCGAUGGUGCUACACGUGUACCCGCAUAACCUGCCGCAAAUGUUGUUUCCAAUUGUAUUUUCGUGAGUGCCUUUCCCAUGUGCCUUUCUCAGAUACGAAGUGUUUAAUUGGAUACAAAGUCGUGGAUACAAAGGAGUAACCGAAAAGCCGAAUUCAUUGUAAUGGUUUAUCAUUGGCAGAGUCAAAAUGUCAAACUUUCAGGAGUGGAUGAUAUGGUUUUGCUCCCGAAAAUUACGGAAGAGACUAUUACUGAAAAUCUUCGGAAGAGAUAUAUGGAUGACUACAUAUUUACAUGCAUCGGCCCCGUACUAGUAUCGAUCAACCCCUUCAAGCAGAUGCCAUAUUUCGGAGAGAAGGAGAUAGAAAUUUAUCAAGGAGCGGCCCCGUAUGAGAAUCCACCACACAUCUAUGGACUUGCGGAUGACAUGUACAGAAAUAUGUUAAUUGAUUAUGAAAGCCAGUGUGUUAUCAUUAGUGGUGAAUCUGGUGCUGGAAAAACUGUAGCUGCGAAAUAUAUAAUGUCGUACGUCGCAAGGGUCAGCGGUGGUGGUAAGCGUGUCCAGAAAGUGAAAGAUGUAAUUCUGGAGUCCAAUCCCCUUUUGGAAGCUUUUGGAAAUGCAAAAACCGUUCGGAAUAAUAAUAGUAGCAGAUUUGGUAAAUACGUACAAAUGCAGUUUGAUCGUGGUGGUCAACCAAGUGGAGGAAAAGUUUCAAACUUCCUCUUAGAGAAGUCGAGGGUUACUUCUCAUAACUGCGACGAAAGAAACUUCCAUGUGUUCUAUCAACUAAUCACGGGUGCAAACCAACAAAUGAAAUCCGAGUUUGGAUUAACGGACCUUAAUUAUUAUCAAUAUCUCCACUAUGGUCAAAACCACAGAGUUGAGGGCAUCAAUGACGCUCAUGAAUUUCAAGAAACAUUAAAAGCAUUAAGCGUGAUGGGAAUAAGCGACACGGAGACAACUAAUAUUUGUAGAAUAGUUUCUGGAAUACUUCACAUAGGAAAUAUUGAAUUUGCUGAGCACGAAAAUUAUUCACAAAUCAGUGAUAAAAACACUCUCGAUUAUCCAGCUUAUUUACUUGAAAUCUCCGCAGACCAACUAGCCCAUAAAUUAAUAUCACGCGAGUUUGAAUCGAAAUGGGGUGGUCAAUCUGAAAGCGUCGAUGUCACGCUAAAUGUGGAACAAGCUCUUUAUACUCGAGAUGCUUUGGCGAAAGAUAUCUAUUCCAGGCUCUUCGAUUAUUUGGUCAAAAAAGUUAAUUGCGCUAUGGAGACUACUGCAGAUAGUCUCGAGAUUGGAAUUUUGGAUAUCUACGGAUUUGAAAUCUUCGAGAAGAAUGGAUUUGAACAGUUCUGCAUCAAUUUUGCCAAUGAAAAAUUACAACAGAUCUUUAUAGAACUUACACUGAAGGCUGAACAGGAGGAAUACGUAUCGGAAAAUAUAAAAUGGACCCCGAUAGAGUACUUCAAUAAUGCUGUCGUCGUCGAACUUCUCGAAGGGAAACGUCCACCAGGCCUUUUCCUGUUACUCGAUGAUGUGUGUGCCACUCUUCACGGUGGCAGUACUGGAGCGGAUGCAGAUUUGCAAAAAAAACUUACAGUUGCAGCUGGUAAACAUAAACACUUUCAAAGCACAACCGAUGGAUUUGCCAUUUCUCAUUAUGCUGGAAUGGUUUCUUAUUCAGUUGAUGGAUUCUGUGAUAAAAAUAGGGAUGUACUUUUCCUAGAUCUCGUGGAGUUAAUGCAGACAAGUACAAAUCCUUUGGUUCGUAUGCUGUACCCACAAGAAGCUCAAGCUCAGAAAACAAAGACACUUAAAUCUAGACCUACCACUGCUGGUAACAAAAUACGAAAUCAAGCCAGUGAACUAGUCAAACAAUUAAUGAAAUGCACUCCGCAUUACAUUAGGUGCAUUAAACCAAAUGAAACAAAGAAACCUCGCGACUGGGAUUCGGUUAGAGUAAAACAUCAGGUGGAAUAUUUGGGCUUAAAGGAGAAUAUCAAAGUACGUAGAGCUGGGUUUGCAUACAGGACAGCAUUCUCGAAAUUUCUGCACAGAUUCGCAAUUCUCACAAAAGAAACGUGGCCAUGUUGGUCUGGAGACGAGAAAGAGGGUGUGAAGUGGUUAUUAGCUAGCCUUCACGUUGAUCAGUCGCAGUAUCAACUUGGAAAAACAAAGUUAUUCUUAAAAGAUCCUGAAAGUCUUUUCAUGUUGGAGGAAGCAAGAGACCGCAAAUAUAACAUGUACGCCAGGGUGAUUCAAAAAGCAUUUAAAAAAUAUUUCGCUCGAAAGAGGCAAGAUCAGCAAAAACAAGAAGCAGCUGAUUUACUGUUUGGCCAUAAAGAACGUAAACGAGCAAGUUUGAAUAGAAAGUUUAUGGGAGAUUACAUUGGAUUAGAAGGGAAACCACAAACGAUGAAUUUAAUUGGAAGAAGAGAAAAAGUUUGUUUUAGCGACGUAGUAAAAAAAUAUGACAGAAGAUUCAAGGUGAGUAGAAGGGACCUUAUUCUAACUAAUAAACAUUUAUAUCUAAUCGGUCGAGAACGAAUAAAGAAAGGUACAGAGAAAGGAAAUUUAGUAGAAGUUAUAAAACGGAAACUUACAUUCAAUCAAAUCAGUCAUGUGUCACUAAGUACUCUUCAAGAUGAUUUUUUUAUUGUUCACACAAAAGAAGAUUACGCCAGUUUAUUGGAAUCGCUAUUUAAGACGGAAUUUUUAAUUGUUCUUAGUAAAAGAUAUGUCGAAGAAACUGGACACAUUUUGAACAUAAAAUUUAGUAAUAAUUUAGAAUUUAAAGUAAAAAAGGAAGGUUGGGGAGGUGGGGGAUUGAGGCAAGUAAUACUAACGCAAAUGGAUCAAGAAAAUGGCGAUAAAGAGAUUUUGAAACCAAGUGGAAAAGUUUUGAAUGUCUUUAUUGGACCAGGUUUGCCAUCCACCACAAAACCAAGUUCUAAUAGAACACCAAUGGUACCGAUGAGUCCGCAGUAUUGUAUAUCGAAACGGGCUGCACCAGUUUUGCAACCUGCACCACGAUCAGCUGUGAAUAGGCCAAUCCGGCCAGCUCCACGUACAAACUUCGAACAAAAUCAGAGUUUACCAACUGAAAGGCCUCCUUUGCAAUUACCUAAAACUUCAAAGCCACCGCGACUUAAUCGUACGAGUAUUCCACCAAUGCAAGUACAAGAAAAGAGUCAUGGAAUGAAACAACCAAAUAAAAUACAGAAUAAUUUACCUCUAAUGGGCAUGUUUACUAAUCCCAACGGAAAAGCACGAGGUUUACUGAGGUUUCCCCCACCACCGACUGAAUCACCACCACCUAACACGCCAGCUAUAUCAUCAAGAUUUAAACUUCCAUCAAUCAACAGGAACGAGCAGACAAACAACAAUAGCGUAGGCUGCAAUAAGGAAAUACAAACAGUUCAAGAGUACAAUACUAAAUCAGUAUUAGAGAAGGCUAACAGACAACUCGCAUCUAAUGUUGUUUUACAUAAUAAAAAACCUCCACCUCCACAAAAACCUUUCAUUCCUAAAUUACCUAAAGCUAAAGUUUUGUACGACUACACACCGCAGGAUCUCGAUGAACUAGAGCUCAAAACAGACGACAUUCUUGAAAUACUCAAAGAACACGAAGGUGGUUGGUGGCAGGGAAGAUUGAAAGGGAAAACGGGACUCUUUCCAUCGAAUUAUAUUGAAAAAAUAUGAAAUAAUAAAAUCGUGUAUUCCACACUUAGGAAACAAACCAUGAUUUUAAUCGAAUGAAAAAUUUCUUUAGGGAACGAAAUCAUUUAUGUAUAUCUAAACGAUGUAUUUAUGUUUUUCAUUUUGUACAUAUAUUUUUACAACCCUUCACAAAUCGUAUACCUUAAGAAAUUAUCAUUAGUCUACAAACCAAAAAUCAUAACGUGUCUAAGUGUUAAAAAUAAAAAUUCUCUUACAUUUAUUUUUCAAAGUAGAUUUAACAAUACAGUGUAGUAAUAAAUCUUUAAAUAGUCAUUUAAUAUAUGUAAAAGUUACCAACUUUAAUUUAAUUAAUUUUUAAUUUGUUACAUUGUUAAGUCAAGGUUAAUGUUAUUGUACCUGUUGUAUUUCGCAAUUUUUUAAAAAGUUUAUAAUAUUAAACAUUUACAAAUUUCUAUGGAAGGAGCGAAAUAUAGUUUCUACAAAUGUGAAAGUAUUAAAAAAAAAAGUAAUAGUCUUACUUUCCUAAUACAUCAUUCAUUCAUUCAUAAAUCGCCCUUGCAUUAUAUGGAAAGGUAUUGCUAGUCUCACAAAAAAUUGUAUUUCGAUAUUUUCUUGCAGUGCUUUAUUUGCUUUCAAUUAUUAAUUGCUAUUGCAUAAUACGUUUCGACACAUUAUACAUUAAUUUUAUUUUUACACGUAGUAAUUUACAAUUAAUACCGUUUCUAGCAAAGGAAGUCGCGUCCUCAUCGAGAUUAAGCGUUGGCAAGAAUGGUCAUUGCUUUUACAAUUGCAAUAUAUCAUAGUCAGCAUUCUUAAUAGUAAUAAAUAAAAUAAAUUAAAAUUAUUUUAGUACAAUAUUAUAUGAGAGCAUUUUUACAUAUAAAUACGCAUACAGAGUAUCUCGAAAUGAAACACAACAAAAAUAUUUUAUGAUUCUGAAAACCUAAUUUGUAUUGCACUCAAUUACAGGAUAUUACCUCAGUCUUCGUAACUCAACAUCUAAAAUUAUUUCUGAUAUUGACAAAUCUCGAAAUAAAAGCCGAAUGUAAUAGCUAAGUUAUCAAGAAUAUCACAAUUUAAUUUUUAUUCGUAUAACAUGUUUUUAAUCGUUUAAAUAAUUAUUACGAGAUACAUUGUAUUUUUACAAAUAUGUAGACAGACCGUCUGUUUCAGUAUAGCCGCUUUAAAGAUAACUUUGCACUUUUAAACAUGAAACAUUCGUAGGCACUAGAAUAAUAAAUUAUUGCUAAAAAUUAACCAGUUAAAACGAAUAUCUCCUUUCGCAAUUUUCGCAUUCUAUUGAUUAAUAUUAUGCAAGACAGUUAUAAUAACAGAAUAAAAACUAAAUUCGAUAGAAUAGGAUUUUAACAUUGCAGCUUAACAUUUCUAUAACGUUCCCAACUUGAAUAACCCAACUUAUUCACUAUCGUAAACACCAAAAGAUUCUUACUAUAUUAAAGGAACGUAAAAUCUGUUUACGUAUAAUAACAUGAGCUAUGCAACCAUCGUAAAGUAAAUAAAAAUUUACUUACAUCGUUUGACAGAAAAUGAGAUCUAACUCAAGUAUUUUUAACUAAGCCUGCAGGACACAAAAUAUAUUAUCCUCUAUUCAAUGAGUGCUCAUACAAUGAAAGUGAUUUUUUGUUUAUACGUUUAACAAUCAAUUAUGGCAGUUGUAUUCGAUAUGAUAUGCCCGCGCUAGUUACAUUUAACGUUCACUCAAAAUUCGAUUUUGAGGAAAAAACGAAUUUCAAAUUUUUCACGUUUCAUAAUAUUUAUCACACUUUGUAUUAAUGUAGUUUUAGACAUGCAUUUACACCGUUCAAAGGAAAAAGAACAUUUUAUUUUACAAAAAAAAUCGUGCAAAUUUUACACUGCAUACUUAUUCCUAAGUCAUCCCACAAUUACUCAUUCACGGUUUGUCUUAACAUUUAGAACACUAUGUCAACGACAAUGUUCAAAGACAAACGAGUAGAAUAAAAUAACUAAAACACUUGAAACAAUGUAAUUUAUCUAAAAAUAUAGUAGGAGUAAAUUUCAGAAAGACUAAUAUUUAACCUAUGUUUCGUUUAAUGUUUUGAAAUCACAUUUCGGUAAUAUAACUUGUGUCGCAUUAUUAAAAUGUUUUGUUUUUUUUUCUCUAAAAUUUGUGUGAAUAAAUCAACAAAUUAUUAAAAUAAUGUAUUAUAAAAUAAAACUACCGAUUGAGGUGAUAUACAUAAAUAAUAUGAAAAGUAUAAUACAUGUAUAUAAUUCUUCAUAUUUUUGUUCAAUCUUCUAAGUAAAUUGUUAUUAUUUGUUGAUUUAUCUUUGUAUCGAAAUUCGCCUCUGGAAUAAUUGUUUUCCAUAUAUAUCACUAAACGAUAUUAAUUUAUACAAACAGAUUAAUUUCUUUGUUACUUUGAAAAGAAAUCAUGUGGCAAACUUUUAUACAUGUCUAAGAAUAUCCGAAAUGGAUUAGGCCUUAAGCACAUUAACAUCAAACUCAAUAAUAAAUAAUCAGUACACCAUAGGACAAAA